CCUCCCAAUUCCAAGCUCCCAACUCUUUCUUUCCAUACAUUUUGGCCCUUUAAUUUUCAGAUUUAUAUUUUGUUUUGUCCGAAUCUGAUCGAGGGCUUCGAGAUCUCUCAAGAUCUGCGGCCUCUCUAACCUUUCGCUUCCUCGUAACUUCACUCAGUUUUAUUAGCUAGGUGCAGGAGCUGGCGGGGAUGAUAGAAUGCAGUGUUUGCCACUCAAAAAUAGCAUCGCCCGGUAGUAAAACCGUUUCGAGGGCUUAUGAUACGCACCGCAGCUAUGUCUCCUCCAAAACUCGUCUCCUCAACGUUCUUUUGGUCUCCGGUGACUGCAUUUUGGUCGGUUUUCAGCCUAUAUUGGUAUAUAUGUCAAAGGUGGAUGGGGGUUUCAAGUUUAGCCCACUUAGCGUUAAUUUUCUUACUGAGGUGGCCAAAGUUACUUUCGCCAUUAUUAUGCUCUUGUUCCAGGCUCGGAAGAAGAAAGUUGGGGAGAAAUCUCUUCUCUCAAUUUCAUCAUUAGUGCAGGCUGCUCGAAAUAAUGUGCUUCUUGCAGUUCCAGCUCUACUUUACGCUAUUAACAAUUACCUAAAGUUCAUCAUGCAGCUUUAUUUCAAUCCUGCUACUGUGAAGAUGCUUAGCAACCUAAAGGUUUUGGUAAUAGCUAUCUUGUUAAAGAUGAUCAUGAAACGGCGGUUUUCUAUUCUUCAGUGGGAGGCUCUUGCAUUGUUGCUUAUUGGAAUUAGCAUAAACCAGUUGCGGUCUUUUCCAGAGGGUACUACUUCAUUUUAUCUUCCGGUUGCAACUGGCGCAUACAUGUACACUCUAAUUUUUGUUACUGUCCCAUCAAUGGCAUCUGUCUUUAAUGAAUAUGCUUUAAAGAGCCAGUUUGAGACGAGCAUUUACCAUCAGAACUUGUUUCUUUAUGGAUAUGGUGCAAUUUUCAAUUUCCUAGCCAUUCUUGGAACUGCACUUUUUAAAGGUCCCAGUAGCUUGGAUAUCCUUCAGGGACAUUCAAAAGCUACCAUGCUUCUAAUAUGCAACAAUGCAGCCCAAGGGAUCUUAUCAUCUUUCUUCUUCAAAUAUGCAGAUACAAUCUUGAAAAAGUACUCCUCAACUAUUGCCACGAUUUUUACUGGCAUAGCAUCUGCUAUUUUGUUUGGUCACACACUGACCAUAAACUUUGUUUUAGGAAUAUCAGUUGUGAUCAUCUCCAUGCAUCAGUUUUUUUCGUCAAGUUCAAAGGUUAAAAAUGAAAAACAAAGUGGUAGUGUGGAGAUGGUGGAUAGCCAAGACAGCAAGAGGUCUAAGGAUGCAUCGGUGCUAAAUAUGACUGCUGGAGCUAAUGAAGAUGCUAGUCAUCGUGGUCAUGAGGAAGAGAAAAGACCGCUUCUUCCCAUUUAAGUUCCACAUAAUUG